AUGGCCGAUAACUUGUGCCGCCACAUCGAAGGUGAUAAUCUUUACGGGGUGAAGGAAGCUAUAAAGGCAGGAAUCUCAAUAAACCAGUACUCAGCGGCAGGGCUUACCCCUCUCGGAACAGCAAUCCUCUACCUGUGUCUAGACAAGGCCCGUAUCCGAUCUGAUUUGCCCGAAGUUUGCGCCGCGAUUCAUUGCGCAUCGGUCACUGGAUCAGCGGAUUUAAUCCGUUUGCUUGUCGACCAUGGCGCAGAUGUAAACGACCCCAGCGGUAUCGAAUAUGGCGCUCAAAUACUUCCCUUGUGCUUAUCCAUAGAAGAUGCAACCAAAGCGCUUAUUGAACUUGGUGCAGAUGUGUCUCGAAGGAAUGCGUCGGGUUUCACUCCUUUGCUGCAUGCCAUGGCGCGAGAAGAUAUCGCCUCCACUAGGCUGCUUGUAGCGAAUGGCGCGGAUGUCGAGAUUGAAAGAAUGGCGCGCCAUCGAAUCAGGAUAGAAUUGGGAAACGGCACAGAGGGCACAGAAGAGCGCCUUGUUGAGGGGACUUCUUCGCCAUUGAUAGUAGCGUGCCAUCAAGGCCGUCUUAGGCCUACGUCUUUCGAAAUGAUCAAGAUAUUGGCCUCCGCUGGAGUAGAUGUCAAUCGGCGCUAUUGUAUCAAGAAUACUGAGAGUAAUGUCCGCUUCACAGUAUUGUCAUUGAUUUGCAGCUCUCGUACCCCGACACCGUUUAUAAAAGGCGCUCAUGCUAGAAACGAUCAAUACAGCGAGAAAGAAGUGGCAGCUAUCAGAGAGCUCAUUACUGCCGGUGCAGAUGUCAAUAAUCCCCCUAUCAUUGAUUAUUUAUGCCAAGGAGAGAUGCCCUUUUCAGAUUUCGAGUCGCGCGCCAAAGUGAUGGAGAUGUUAUUAGAACAUGGUCUGCGACUUGACUCACAGUCCGGUCGAGCUCCGCAAUUGUCACUUCUGAAGUCGUUUACCAAGCACCCAGAAGCCGAAAUUCAUUUGAUUAGGAUGGCAGCCGUGUUGGCCAAGGCUGGAACGAGAUGGGAUCUUUACAAGACCGAGAUGGAGCUGGCUGGGGUACUAGCACAGCUCUAUGACCAAAUCUAG